GGGACUAUCUGCACCGGCCCAGCUACUGCGACGCCGCCUUCGCUCUGGAGCAGAUUUCCAAGGGGAAAGCUACUGGUCGGAAAGCGCCGCUGUGGCUGAGAGCGAAGUUUCAGAGACUCUUAUUUAAACUGGGUUGUUACAUUCAAAAAAACUGCGGCAAAUUCUUGGUUGUGGGCCUUCUCAUAUUUGGGGCCUUCGCUGUGGGAUUAAAGGCAGCUAAUCUGGAGACCAACGUGGAGGAGCUCUGGGUGGAAGUUGGUGGACGAGUCAGUCGUGAAUUAAAUUAUACUCGCCAGAAGAUUGGAGAAGAGGCUAUGUUUAAUCCUCAACUCAUGAUCCAGACGCCAAAAGAAGAAGGUGCUAACGUCCUGACCACAGAAGCGCUCCGCCAACACCUGGACUCGGCGCUCCAGGCCAGCCGGGUCCACGUCUAUAUGUAUAACAGGCAGUGGAAAUUGGAACAUUUGUGUUACAAAUCCGGAGAACUUAUCACAGAAACAGGUUACAUGGAUCAGAUAAUAGAAUAUCUUUACCCUUGUUUAAUUAUUACACCUUUGGACUGCUUCUGGGAAGGGGCCAAGUUGCAAUCCGGGACAGCAUACCUACUAGGUAAGCCUCCUUUGCAGUGGACAAACUUUGACCCUUUGGAAUUCCUAGAAGAGUUAAAGAAAAUAAACUAUCAAGUAGACAGCUGGGAGGAAAUGCUGAACAAGGCGGAAGUGGGCCACGGCUACAUGGACCGGCCCUGCCUCAACCCUGCCGACCCCGACUGCCCCGCCACGGCCCCCAACAAAAACGCCAGCAAACCUCUUGAUAUGGCCCUUGUCCUGAAUGGCGGAUGUCAUGGCUUGUCCAGGAAGUACAUGCACUGGCAGGAGGAGCUGAUUGUGGGUGGCACGGUCAAGAACAGCACCGGGAAGCUCGUCAGUGCCCAUGCCUUGCAGACCAUGUUCCAGUUAAUGACGCCCAAGCAGAUGUACGAGCACUUCAAGGGGUACGAAUACGUCUCACACAUCAACUGGAAUGAGGACAAGGCAGCAGCCAUCCUGGAGGCGUGGCAGAGGACCUACGUGGAGGUGGUUCAUCAGAGCGUCGCCCAGAACUCCACUCAGAAGGUGCUUUCCUUUACCACAACAACCCUGGACGACAUCCUCAAGUCCUUCUCGGAUGUCAGCGUCAUCCGGGUGGCGAGUGGCUACUUACUGAUGCUUGCCUAUGCCUGUUUAACCAUGCUGCGCUGGGACUGCUCCAAGUCCCAGGGUGCCGUGGGGCUGGCUGGCGUCCUGUUGGUUGCACUGUCAGUGGCUGCAGGAUUGGGCCUGUGCUCAUUGAUCGGGAUUUCCUUUAAUGCUGCAACAACUCAGGUUUUGCCAUUUCUUGCUCUUGGCGUCGGGGUGGAUGAUGUUUUCCUGCUGGCACACGCGUUUAGUGAAACAGGACAGAACAAAAGAAUCCCCUUUGAGGACAGGACCGGAGAGUGCCUCAAGCGCACGGGAGCCAGCGUGGCCCUCACGUCCAUCAGCAACGUCACCGCCUUCUUCAUGGCCGCGCUCAUCCCCAUUCCCGCUCUGCGGGCCUUCUCCCUCCAGGCGGCUGUAGUGGUGGUCUUCAAUUUUGCUAUGGUUCUGCUCAUUUUUCCUGCGAUCCUCAGCAUGGAUUUGUAUCGACGCGAGGACAGGAGGUUGGAUAUUUUCUGCUGUUUUACAAGCCCCUGUGUCAGCAGAGUGAUUCAGGUUGAACCUCAGGCCUACACGGAGACGCGCGAGAGCACCGGCGCCAGCCCCCCACCUCCCUACAGCAGCCACAGCUUCGCCCACGAGACGCAGAUCACCAUGCAGUCCACGGUGCAGCUCCGCACGGAGUACGACCCCCACACACACGUGUACUACACGACCGCCGAGCCGCUCUCCGAGAUCUCCGUGCAGCCCGUCACCCUGACGCAGGACACGCUCAGCUGCCAGAGCCCCGAGAGCACCAGCUCCACGCGGGACCUGCUCUCCCAGUUCUCCGACUCCGGCCUCCACUGCCUUGAGCCCCCUUGCACCAAGUGGACACUCUCAUCUUUUGCCGAGAAACACUACGCUCCUUUCCUCUUGAAACCAAAAGCCAAGGUCGUGGUGAUCUUCCUCUUCCUGGGCUUGCUGGGGGUCAGCCUUUAUGGGACCACCCGAGUGCGCGAUGGGCUGGACCUGACAGACAUUGUGCCUCGGGAAACCAGAGAGUAUGACUUUAUCGCUGCGCAGUUCAAGUACUUUUCCUUCUACAACAUGUAUAUCGUCACCCAGAAGGCAGACUACCCGAAUAUCCAGCACUUGCUUUACGACCUGCACAAGAGCUUCAGCAACGUGAAGUAUGUCAUGUUGGAAGAAAAUAAACAGCUUCCCAAAAUGUGGCUGCACUACUUCAGAGACUGGCUGCAAGGACUUCAGGAUGCAUUCGACAGUGACUGGGAAACUGGGAGAAUCAUGCCGAACAAUUACAAAAAUGGAUCAGAUGAUGGGGUCCUUGCCUAUAAACUCCUGGUGCAGACCGGCAGCCGCGAUAAGCCCAUCGACAUCAGUCAGUUGACGAAGCGGCGCCUGGUGGAUGCGGACGGCAUCAUCAACCCCAGUGCUUUCUACAUCUACCUGACCGCAUGGGUCAGCAACGACCCCGUGGCUUACGCCGCCUCCCAGGCCAACAUCCGGCCUCACCGUCCUGAGUGGGUCCACGACAAGGCCGACUACAUGCCGGAAACCAGGCUGAGAAUCCCAGCAGCAGAGCCCAUCGAGUACGCUCAGUUUCCUUUCUACCUCAACGGCUUGCAUGACACCUCAGACUUCGUGGAAGCGAUUGAAAAAGUCAGGACCAUCUGCAACAACUACACGAGCCUGGGGCUCUCCAGCUACCCCAAUGGCUACCCCUUCCUCUUCUGGGAGCAGUACAUCGGCCUCCGCCACUGGCUCCUGCUGUCCAUCAGCGUGGUGCUGGCCUGCACGUUCCUUGUGUGCGCCGUCUUCCUCCUGAACCCCUGGACGGCCGGGAUCAUUGUGACGGUCCUGGCUUUGAUGACGGUCGAGCUCUUCGGCAUGAUGGGCCUCAUCGGAAUCAAGCUGAGCGCCGUGCCUGUGGUUAUCCUGAUCGCAUCUGUCGGCAUCGGCGUGGAAUUCACCGUGCACGUUGCUCUGGCCUUUCUCACAGCCAUUGGCGAUAAGAACCGCAGGGCCGUGCUCGCCCUGGAGCACAUGUUUGCGCCCGUGCUCGACGGGGCUGUUUCCACUCUGCUGGGAGUGCUGAUGCUUGCAGGAUCAGAGUUUGAUUUCAUCGUCAGGUAUUUCUUUGCUGUCCUGGCCAUCCUGACAAUCCUGGGUGUCCUCAACGGGCUGGUUUUGCUUCCAGUCCUGUUGUCCUUCUUCGGACCAUAUCCUGAGGUAUCUCCAGCCAGCGGGCUGAACCGGCUGCCCACCCCUUCCCCUGAGCCGCCCCCCAGCGUGGUCCGCUUUGCGGUGCCCCCCAGUCAUGCGAACAACGGGUCUGAUUCCUCUGACUCAGAGUACAGUUCUCAAACGACCGUGUCGGGCAUCAGCGAGGAGCUUCGGCAGUACGAGGCCCAGCAGGGCACCCGGGGCCCUGCCCACCAAGUGAUUGUGGAAGCCACAGAAAACCCUGUCUUCGCCCGCUCCACAGUGGUCCAUCCAGAAGCCAGACAUCACCCGCCCUCGAACUCUCGACAGCAGCCCCACCCGGACUCAGGGUCCCUGCCACCCGGACGGCCAGGCCAGCAGCCCCAGAGGGAACCUGCCAGGGAAGGCCUGCGGCCGCCCCCCUACAGACCGCGCAGAGACGCUUUCGAAAUUUCUACUGAAGGGCAUUCUGGCCCUAGCAAUAGGGACCGUGUGGGCCCCCGGGGAGCCCGCUCUCACCACCCUCGGCACCCAGUGUUCACUGCCAUGGGCAGCUCCAUGCCCAGCUACUGCCAGCCCAUCACCACUGUGACGGCCUCGGCAUCUGUGACUGUUGCUGUGCACCCCCCACCCAUCCCUGGGGCCGGGCGGAACCCCCGAGGAGGACUGUGCCCCGGCUAUGAGGACUACCCCCAGACGGACCCCGGGCUGUUCGAGGACCCCCAUGUGCCUUUUAACGUCCGGUGCGAGAGGAGGGAUUCCAAGGUGGAGGUCAUUGAGCUGCAGGACGUCGAAUGUGAGGAAAGGCCCCGGGGCAGCGGCUCCAACUGAGGGUGAGUAAAAUCUGAAGCAGAGGCCAAAGAUUGGAAUCCCCGACCCCCAGAACCGCUCGAAGAGAACUGCUUGGAGUUAGAGCGAUGACUGCACCAGGAUUGCAGUUCCUGUUACUGUAACCGAUUGUAUUAUUUUGUGAAAUAUUUCUAUAAAUAUUUAAGAGGUGUACACAUCUGUAAAUACGAAGGGAUGGUGUAGGGAUGGUGUAAAGUAGUGUGGUCUGGGGCUUCUCCACUCCCGGCCCGGGGUGGGUGGCGGGGCAGCUGUGGCAAGGCCCCACCCUGUUUGUACAUUGGUCUCGGUGCCACAACCAAGCUUAACUUAGUCUUAAAUUCCAGCAUAUGUUGCUGCUGCUUAAAUAUUGUAUAAUUUACCUGUAUAAUUCUAUGCAAAUAUUGCUUAUAUAAUAGGAUUAUUUUGUAAAGGUUUCUGUUUAAAAUAUUUUAAAUUUGCAUAUCACAACCCUGUGGUAGUAUGAAAUGUUACUGUUAACUUUCAAACACGCUAUGCGUGAUAAUUUUGUUAUUGUUUAAUGAGCAGAUAUGAAGAAAGCACGUUAACCCCGGUGGCUUCUAGGUGUAGUUGGAUGCGAUACUCCUGUUUGGCUGUGUGUGAACAUGUGUGUGAUUUCCCAAUGUACUGUACUGUGAUUUUUUUUUUUUUUCCUUUUUUUGUUUCUUUCACUGUCUGUAACCUUUAGUGGGCUCUGCCCUAGUCAGGCUGGGAGAGUCAAGAUACCUUUAUUGCCUAGUGCUGGCGGGGGGCUAGCCCUGCCCUAAACAU